CCUGGGCGUUCCGCAAGGCCGUCUGCCCGGCGGGGUCGCGCGCGCGGUUACGGGGCUCGCUCCCGCGGGGCAGGUCCGGGCUGGGAGCGGGCGCCGGGGUCGGCGUGGCGGCGACUGCCUGGGCCGCGAGGUCGACCCCCGCUGCUGCAGCGGCAGAGGCUGAGGGACCCGCCGCGGCGCUGUCGCCGGAGAGGGAGGGCCCCGCUGCCGUCGGUGAAACCAGCCCAGAGAAGUUACGGGAUUUUCCCCCGGGGUCUCCUGCCCAGCAAGCCAGCGCCGUGACCCAGGUGUGGGAGAUGAUGGUGGCGUCUCUCACUCACGUGUAAAGUGGUCAGUGGGAAAUUGAUGAUCGCAGCGUGGUCAAGCUUGUUUCUCCCGGGCGCUCUUCCGAGGGUAUCUGGGCUGCCUCUGGAGUCGCAGUGUCUUGGGCUGCCAGAAGACAAGGCUCUAAAGAGCCCUACCCUGGCAAGAUUGCAAGAUACCGCUCAAAAAUCUACUACAGAUGAUAACGCCAAAAAGGCCAUUGUAGAAUUAAUGGCCUAUGAAGAUACAAAUCCGGAAUGUCAAUUGACUAUAAAGCCAUGCUGACUACAAUCAAUUACAGGAGACUGGAACCCGUGGUGACCUGGGGAUUCUCCAGACACAACCGCAGCCCCGUCCCCGACCAGCCGAGGCAGCAACAGCAACAGCUCGGGCACAAGGACGGAACCGCUGAACUCCAGGUUGCUUGCCUGGGAGUAGGAGAAAUCCACCUGCUGGGGGCUGAGCGUGGCCUGAGGGACAGGCCCUGGGUCCAGGGAUGCCCCUGCCCGAGCCCAGCGAGCAGGAGGGCGAGAGUGUGAAGGCUGGCCAGGAGCCGUGCCCCGAGCCAGGCACAGAAGUCGUCCCGGCAGCCCCCAGGAAGCCCAGAAAGUUCUCCAAACUGGUCCUGCUCACAGCCUCCAACCAAGAUGAGGAUGGGGUGGGCUCCAAGCCCCAGGAAGUGCACUGCGUCCUUUCCCUGGAGAUGGCUGGCCCUGCCACCCUCGCCAGCACCUUGCAGAUCCUGCCAGUCGAGGAGCAGGGAAGGGUGGUCCAGCCAGCCCUGCAGAUGCCUGAACAGAAGUGCAGCAAGCUGGACACAGCAGCCCCUCAGUCCCUGGAGUUCCUGAGGACACCAUUCGGGGGCCGCCUCCUGGUGCUGGAGUCCUUCCUUUACAAGCAGGAGAAGGCUGUGGGGGACAAGGUGUACUGGAAGUGCCGCCAGCAUGCUGAGCUGGGCUGCCGGGGCCGGGCCAUCACCCGAGGCCUGCGGGCCACAGUGAUGCGGGGCCACUGCCAUGUGCCCGAUGAGCAAGGCCUGGAGGCCCGGCGCCAGAGAGAGAAGCUGCCCAGCCUGGCUCUGCUAGAGGGCUUGGGAGAGCCCCAGGGUCCUGAGGGCCCUGGAGGCCUAGUGGAGGAGCCACUGGAGGGGGUGGGCCCUUGGCAGUGCCCUGAGGAGCCAGAGCCAGAGCCAGAGCCCACUCCUGGGCUGGUGCUGAGCAAGCCAGCCCCGGAGGAGGAUGAGGGACCCCGAGCCCUGUCACUGCUGAGCCUGCCGCCCAAGAAACGUUCGAUCCUGGGGCUGGGACAGGCCCAGCCCCUCGAGUUCCUGAGGACGUGCUACGGGGGCAGCUUCCUGGUACAUGAGUCGUUCCUCUACAAGCGAGAGAAGGCUGUCGCGGACAAGGUGUAUUGGUCCUGCCGGGACCAUGCACUGCACAGCUGCCGGAGCCGGGCCAUCACCCAGGGACAGCGGGUGACCGUGAUGCGUGGCCACUGCCACCCUCCCGAUAUGGAGGGCCUGGAAGCCCGGCGGCAGCAGGAGAAGGCCACGGAGACACUGCAGGCUGGGCAGGACGGCCCUGGGAGCCAAGCGGACACGCUGCUCCGAGGUGUGGAUAGUCUGCUGUACCCCAGGGGUCCUGGUCCCCUGACUCUCACCACGCCCCGGCCCAGAAAGCGAGCGAAGGUCGAAGACCAGGAGCUGCCAACCCAGCCGCAAGCCCCGGAAGGAUCCCCGGACGAGGACCAGGACGUGGCUGCAGACCCUGGAGGCCCUGAGUUCCUGAAGACGCCCCUGGGGGGCAGCUUCCUCGUGUACGAGUCCUUCCUCUACCGGCGGGAGAAGGCAGCCGGGGAGAAGGUGUAUUGGACCUGCCGAGACCAGGCCCGCAUGGGCUGCCGCAGCCGCGCCAUCACCCAGGGCCGACGGGUGACUGUGAUGCGUGGCCACUGCCACCCACCCGACCUGGGGGGCCUGGAGGCCCUGAGGCAGCGGGAGAAACGCCCCAACAUGGCGCAGCGGGGGAGCCCAGGAGGCCCAGAGUUCUUGAAGACGCCCCUGGGGGGCAGCUUCUUGGUGUACGAGUCCUUCCUCUACCGGCGGGAGAAGGCAGCCGGGGAGAAGGUGUAUUGGACCUGCCGGGACCAGGCCCGCAUGGGCUGCCGCAGCCGCGCCAUCACCCAGGGCCGGCGGGUCAUGGUCAUGCGCAGGCACUGCCACCCACCCGACCUGGGUGGCCUGGAGGCCCUGCGGCAGCGGGAGCACUUCCCCAACCUGGCACAGUGGGACAGUCCAGAACCCCUCCCACCCCUGGAGUUCCUGAGGACUUCCCUGGGGGGCAGGUUCCUGGUGCACGAGUCCUUCCUCUAUAGGAAGGAGAAGGCGGCCGGGGAGAAGGUGUACUGGAUGUGCCGGGACCAGGCUCGGCUGGGCUGCCGCAGCCGCGCCAUCACCCAGGGCCACCGCGUCAUGGUCAUGCGCAGCCACUGCCACCAGCCCGACCUGGCAGGCCUGGAGGCCUUGAGGCAAAAGGAGCGGCUCCCCAGCACGGCCCAGCAGGAGGAUCCAGAAAAGAUUCAAGUUCAGCUGUGUUUCAAGACGUGUCCUCCCGAAAGCCAGCCGAUGUAUGGGGACAUCAAAGACGUCAGACUGGACGGCGAGUCCCAGUGAGCUGAUACUGGCAGAGGAGCUCUGAGCCGCCCACCUGAGGUGGCUUCCCAUCCAUACGGGUGCUUCCCAGACACUUCGGUUUGCUUGGCAGAAACUUCUUUUCAUUCUUCCAAAGCAUCGAUGGUCUUCGCAUCUUCUCAGGGUGUUUCCUGGGAGGAAUUCUUGGAUGGUGUCCUUGUGUCGGCGGAGAACAGUGCUCAGAGCUGGCGCUUGCAGACUCGGGUGUCGUGGGGCAGGGCAGUGGCACCUUCCUGACCUUUGAAGGUGGUGACACAGUUGCUUGGACACGGACGCCCCUGCUCUCCGGGCACAGCACCCCUGGGUUUGCAGAGCAAGCAGCCUUCCUAGGGCUUUCCACCUGGCGAGGCCGCGCUCUGCUCAGCAACGUGAAUGCCUGGGCAGCAGAGGCGCCUCCCCUUCUGUCAGGCAGCUUCACAGAGCGCGGCUUCAGCAGUCAGAGGGAGCAGUCCGGAGAAGCAAGAUGACCCCACCGGGACUGCAGAGCCUCCUGCUUACUAACAAGGACCUGUCCUCAGCCGCGAGGUCCCUCACUCCCACGCUGUAAUUGUGGGGGGAGUGCCAGCAAUAGGUCUGUCCCCUGGCAGGUUGGCCACGGAGCCCACCUUCCACUGCAAGGCUGUGACAGCCCGGGCACCCCCGCUUCUCCUCUGCUUGUACGGUUCCCCCAAUAAAUCCUAUUUUCCAUCUCAC